AUGUCGCUGCCCUGGAAGCUCAGAGAAACGUUUUCCCCAGAAGAGAUCCAGUUCAUGGUGGAAAACGAACCUAUCAAGAUCUUUCCACGCUUCACCACCAAGCCCAGCGUCCGUGGCGCGGCCCGUGGGGGCUCCGCCCCUUCGGCGCAACCCCGUUGGAAGCUGCUGACGGCGAACGACACGCCGCUGAACAACCUAGUGGCGAUACAGACCACCCAGGUUGCGCUCUGGAUCGCCCUGCUGCUCAAGCAGCAGGGCAAGUGUAGCAUCGUCGCCCCGGAAUGGCUGCGCCUGGCGCAACUGCAGAAGCACAUCGACUACGAACUGAAAAACACCGAGCGGUUCAGCGAUCUGCCCUGGAACUGGCUGGUCGUGGCCCAGCUGUUAUUUUCGAAGGCCGCCGACGACCUCCACGACCCCGUCCACCUGCUGCGCGGGAAGGUCCAGGACCUGCGCGAAAUACGGCUUGGCAAGAUCGGACAGGGCCUCAAGCACCUGAACGAAUCCCACCUGCAGCUGGACAAUCUGAGUCUGCUGGAGAUAAACGAGCUGCGGCCGUUCGUCUUGGGGGUCAUGAACAAGCUCAAGCAAGUGCACGGCAGCGUGUCCGAGGACCAGCCUGACGAGUGA